AUUAAAUAUUUAAUAAAUACUCUUUCUAUUAAUAAAGGCUACCGCGCAUUAUAUUUCAGCGACACAUCCGUCAAUUUUCGGCCACCACAAUAUCAGAUCAUAUCAUCACAUCCCCAUUACCAUCAUUUCCCCCCUUUCCAUUACUGCCCCACUCUCUCUCUCUCUCUACAUCCUUAAUAUAUUUGGGAGCUCAUUUUUGCUAUUGCGUAAUUUUUGAGGAGAUGAAUGCAUCCGACCUCAAACUGUUGGAUUUCUCGCUGAGGCUGUUUGUAAUUCCUUUUAACAUUGCUUCCAUUUGGAUUGCCAUCAACGAUCGCCAGGAUAACGCUGACUAUGGUAAAUUGGAGUUCAAUGACCUCGUUGGCCUCAAAUAUAUGGUUUGCGUGAGUGCCAUUGCUGCUGUGUAUGCUCUGUUUGCUGCCGUAUCUUCAUAUCUCAGAUGCUUGCUCACUAAAGCAUGGCUUUUCUUUGUUACUGAUCAGGUGCUGGCAUACUUAAUGGUGACCUCGAUGGCAGCUCUGGUGGAGUUCAUGUACUUGGUCUACAAUGGUGAUCAAGUGGUGUCAUGGAGUUCAGCUUGUGUUUCUUAUGGGAAAUUCUGCAGCAGAUUGAAGAUAGCAUUGAUUCUGCAUGUAAUUGCUGUUUGUUGUUUCCUGGUUUUGGCUGUGAUUUCUGCUUACAGGGUCUUUAGAAGAUUUGAUCCCCCUUUUGUUCCUUCCAAAGAGGCUCAACAAGAUAGGACUUGAAUUUCUUUUUCAAUUUCUCAGCUACUAAUGUUGAUACUUGAGACUUUGGGCCCCUUAUCUAAAUAUUUCAUUAAAUAAUAGUCUAAAUGCGUGACCCUGUAUAAAAUAUAUUUGCGUGUUGUUCAA